UAGGCUGGUACCAGUAGUAGCCACUAGUAUUACGACCUAGCUAUGCAUCUCGAUCUUUGGCAUCAUGAAUGUUUCAGUCGAUCAUAUCACUCUCAUCAUUUACACUGAAGCAAAUUCAUUUCUCCUGCCUUUUGUACUCUUUCUCUUCAACUCCACCGCAUUGCUUCUCCAAUCCAAUCCUCGCAGAAAAGCCCGACAACUCCACCGCAUUGCUUUGCUUCUCCAGUCCAAUCCUCACAGAAAAGCCCGACAACUCCACCGCAUUGCUUUGCUUCUCCAAGAACGAGAAUAAUCAAGGCAAGAUGGUGAGGAGGAGGCUGCGCUACACGACGGCGCUGACCACGCUCUUCAGCUACGGGCUGCUCUUCGCCUUCGGCCAGCUCAGGGAUUUCUUCCGCAACCUCAUCGACUGCUUCAAGCCCAACAACGCCGUCGUCAAGGGGUACGCGCCGAUCUGCGUGGGGCUGGAGGAUUUCUUCGUACGACGCCUCUACCUGCGGGUUCAGGAUUGCUUCGGUAGGCCAAUCGCUAGCGCACCGGAUUCUUGGUUUGAUGUUGUUCAGCGCACCUCAAACGACAAUAACAAGACAUUACAGCGUACCUCAAAUACCACCAGAUGCCUGAACCUGACAUCCUACAACUACCUCGGUUUUGCUGCAGCAGAUGAGUACUGCAUUCCACACGUUGUCCAGUCUCUCAAGAAAUACUCAGCAAGCACCUGCAGUGCUCGUGUUGAUGGCGGCACAACCAAGCUUCACACUGAGCUGGAGGAGCUGGUUGCACGUUUUGUUGGAAAGCCUGCUGCUAUCCUAUUUGGCAUGGGCUAUGUUACAAACUCUGCCACCAUUCCCUGCCUAAUUGGAAAGGGUGGGCUGAUAAUUAGUGACUCUCUGAACCAUAACUCAAUUGUCAAUGGCGCAAGAGGAUCUGAUGCAACUGUUAGGGCUUUCCAGCAUAACUCCCCGGCUCAUCUGGAAAAGGUCCUGAGAGAGCAGGUAGCUAGCGGUCAUCCUCGGACACACAGAGCAUGGAAGAAGAUCAUUGUUAUUGUUGAGGGUAUCUACAGCAUGGAAGGGGAGCUGUGUAAACUCCCUGAGAUCAUAGCUGUUUGCAAGAAAUACAAGGCCUAUACAUAUCUGGAUGAGGCCCAUAGCAUUGGUGCUGUUGGGCGGUCUGGCCGGGGUGUUUGUGAACUCCUUGGGGUUGACCCAGCUGAUGUAGACAUAAUGAUGGGUACUUUCACCAAGUCUUUUGGAUCAUGUGGAGGAUAUAUUGCUGCAUCAAAGGACAUAAUUCAGCACCUGAAGCAGAGUUGUCCGGCACAUCUGUAUGCUACUUCUAUGUCACCGCCAGCAGUGCAACAAGUUAUCUCUGCUAUUAAAGUCAUCCUUGGGGAGGAUGGCACCAACAGAGGUGCCCAAAAACUUGCUCGCAUCCGUGAAAAUAGUAAUUUCUUCAGGUCGGAGCUCAAGAAGAUGGGUUUUGAGGUUCUUGGUGACAAUGACUCUCCUGUCAUGCCCAUAAUGCUCUACAAUCCGGCUAAAAUUCCUGCAUUUUCUAGGGAGUGUUUUAGACAAAAGGUUGCUGUUAUUUCUGUGUCAUUUCCUGUGACACCCCUUCUUCUUGGAAGAGCACGUAUCUGCAUUUCUGCUUCACACACUAGGGAGGACCUGAUGAAAGCUCUUGAUGUUAUCAGCAGAGUCGGUGAUCUUGUGGGCAUCAAAUAUUUCCCCGCAGAAUCAGCAAAGAUUGCCGAAGCUGAUGCUGAAAUUACCCCAUGACCAUGAGUGAUUGAGGUUCUUUUAUAGGUCAUCAAUAAAUCAUCAUUAUGGAAAUAAACACAUUGAACAUCCAGUUUCAUUGGGAUUUUGUGGAUAUACACGAGAGUCCAGAUGUGGUAUUAGCAGAAUACUUAUUUCUUGAUUGUACAAUUAUAUCCUUCCAAAUGUGUAUAACCGGUUCAAAUUCAGUUUGGCCUUGUUUAGUUCAUCCCCUAAAGUUUAUUCUCUAUCUCAUC